AUGCCUCCCAGACGAGAGAGGGAGCGGAGAGAGAGAUCGCCGCCGCUCUCGCGCCGCAAGCGGCCGAAGCCGCUGCAGCAGGCUGCGCCCCCGAGCCGGAGGCCAGAGAAGCACGCAGACCUGUAUGCAUUUCUGUAUGUGUGUUGUGUGUGGUUGGCCCCCCAUGCCCGAGGGGCCCCUGGGCCAGUGACAAUCGGACAAAGCCGGGAUCCUCCCCGCCGCCCGUGCCAGCGCCGGUCCGCGCAGCGCGCCGCGAAACUGCGGAGGCGGGAGCGCAGGACUGCGGAGGCGGGAGCGCGCCGCAGAAAGAACUUUGAGCAGGCUUCGAGGGAUCCCUGCCUCAGCACUACUGCGCCCACAAUGCCGCAGCACAGGGAUCUGCACACCUCAGUCUAUUCCUGCCACGGGGUAUCUGCGACGUGCAUAUCUCUUCUGUCGAGCGAGCUGAACAUAGGCAGACUUGCAGUCAGCGAAGGCGUUUCUACCAGCCCCGUGUAA